UUUCUAGAAAAUUUACUCGGCAGUCUGUUUUUGACAUGUGUGAUUCUUUCAUAUUAUUGACAAAUUAAUCUAUAAUCGAUUCAUCGACAAAAUGUUCGGUGAAGUAACUUCAAGUUUUCAAUCAUCAUCAUCGAAAACAACAACAAAUGUUGCAUCUAAUGGCAAUGAUGGUAUUAAUAAUGCUACUUCUGCUGAACAUGGACUACGUUCAAAUCAAUUCCAUCCAGGUCUAAAUCAUGAUUAUCGUUAUCGUGAUCAAAUGUAUCGUUUGAUAAUAUCACAAUUAUAUUAUGAUGGUCAAGCUCAAUUAGCUAAAAAUAUAUCUGGAGUCAUGGGUAUAUUGGAUAUGUGUCCACCUUCCGAUCGUCUUUAUCAAACAGUGGCACAAUCAUUGAUUACGGCAGGUGAACCACCGACAAAAUCUUCCAAUAAUGAUUCACUAUAUUCAUCUAAUGAUAAUAUGUUAACGAAUGGAAUCGAUUUGGAUUUCGAAACCGAACGACAACCAUCGGCAUCAUCACUUGCUCCUUCAUCAUAUGAAACCAUUUACGUUACAUCACAUAAAGGUCCUUGUCGUACUGGAUGUUUUAAUUAUAAUGGUCAAUUAUUGGCUACAGGAUCUGUCGAUGCUAGUAUUAAAAUUCUGGAUGUAGAACGUAUGUUGGCCAAAUCAUUCAUUCCAAUCAAUACAAACAAUACUAGUAGUGGUCAGAAUGAACAACAACAGCAACAACAACAACCACCACCACAACAACAGGAACAUAAUUCCGAUAGUCAUCCUGUUAUUCGAACUUUAUAUGAUCAUAUGGAAGAAGUAUCAUGUCUAGUAUUUCAUCCACGUGAUCAAUUUCUCAUAUCUGGUUCACAUGAUAUGACCAUAAAAGUUUUUGACUAUUCAAAACCAUCAGUAAAACGUGCCUGCAAAUCUAUACGAGAAUCGAAUACGAUUCGUUGUUUGGCCCUUCAUCCAACUGGUGAUUAUCUUCUAGUUGGUUCACAACAUCCUACCAUUCGUUUAUAUCAUAUGCCAACAUUUCAAUCAUUCAUUUCACCAGUGAUCACUGAUCAACAUAAAGGUCCAAUUACAUCUAUAUGUUAUGCACCGAAUACUCAAUGUUAUGCAUCCAGUUCAAAAGAUGGAGAUAUUCGUAUUUGGGACACCGUCUCAAAUCGUUGUAUUUGUGUAUUACCACGUGCUCAUGAAGGUCUUGAAAUUUGUUCACUUCAAUACUCUCGCAAUGGAAAGUAUUUGUUAUCAAGCGGUAAAGAUUCAAUGGUCAAACUCUGGGAAUUAUCCAUGUCACGUUGUUUGAUUGCCUAUACGGGUGCCGGACAAAAUGCACAGAAACAUCGUACACAGGCAACAUUUAAUCAUACUGAAGAUUUUGUAAUGAUGCCCGAUGAAAUGUCAACAUCAUUAUGUGUUUGGGAUGCACGAAAUGCUGAACGUCAACCAUUACUGGCUUUAGGACAUAAUCAACCUGUACGACAAAUUUGUCAUUCACCUGUUGGACCUUGUUUCAUAACUUGUUCGGAUGAUUAUCGUGCACGAUUCUGGUAUCAUCGACCACCGCCUACAUCCGAAUGAAAUGGAUGACAUUUCGUAAAAA